AUGCUGCGGCGCGCACUGAAGGGAGUCGCCGGCGGGCGCCUCGGGGCCCUUGCGCGGCGGUCCCUGAGCACCUCCACCACGGGCGACUACACGCUCAUCGACCACGACUACGACGUGCUGGUCGUCGGAGCAGGCGGCGCAGGACUCCGUGCCGCGAUCGGCGCCUCCGAGCACGGCUUCAAGACCGCAUGCAUCACCAAGCUGUUCCCGACGCGGUCGCACACCGUCGCGGCCCAGGGCGGCAUCAACGCCGCGCUCGGCAACAUGACGGAGGACGACUGGCGGUGGCACGCGUACGACACGAUCAAGGGGUCCGACUGGCUCGGCGACCAGGACGCCAUCCAGUACAUGUGCCGCGAGGCGCCCAAGGCGGUGAUUGAGCUCGAGCACUACGGGAUGCCCUUCUCGCGGACGGACGAGGGCAAGAUCUACCAGCGCGCGUUCGGCGGGCAGUCGCUGGACUACGGGCGCGGCGGGCAGGCGUACCGGUGCUGCGCGGCCGCGGACCGCACGGGCCACGCUCUCCUGCACACGAUGUACGGCGCCGCGAUGAAGCAUAACACGCAGUUUUUCGUUGAGUACUUCGCGCUGGACUUGAUCAUGGACGACGAGGGCGCGUGCCGGGGCGUGAUGGCGAUGUGCAUGGAGGACGGCACGCUGCACCGGUUCCGCGCGCACAACACGAUUCUGGCCACGGGCGGGUACGGCAGGGCGUGGUUCAGCGCGACGUCCGCGCACACGUGCACGGGCGACGGCAGCGCGAUGGUCGCGCGCGCGGGGCUCCCGCUGCAGGACCUCGAGUUCGUCCAGUUCCACCCAACGGGCAUCUACGGCGCGGGCUGCCUCAUCACGGAGGGUUCGCGCGGCGAGGGCGGCAUCCUGCGCAACAGCGAGGGCGAGCGGUUCAUGGAGCGGUACGCGCCGACGGCCAAGGACCUCGCGUCGCGCGACGUCGUGUCGCGGUCGAUGACGCUGGAGAUCCGCGAGGGCCGCGGCGUGGGCCCCGAGAAGGACCACAUCUACCUCCACCUCAACCACCUGCCGCCGGAGCUGCUCGCGGAGCGCCUCCCGGGCAUCUCGGAGACCGCCGCGAUCUUCGCGGGCGUCGACGUGACCAAGGAGCCCAUCCCGGUGCUGCCGACGGUGCACUACAACAUGGGCGGCAUUCCCACGAACCACUACGGCGAGGUGGUGUCGCCGACGAAGGAGGACCCGGACAGGGUCGUGCCCGGGCUGUUCGCGGCGGGCGAGGCCGCGUGCGCGUCGGUGCACGGCGCCAACCGCCUCGGCGCGAACUCCCUGCUGGACAUCGUUGUCUUUGGGCGCGCGUGCGGGAACCGCGUGGGCGAGAUCGCGAAGCCCGGGGCGCCGCUGCCGCCGCUGCCGCCGAGCGCGGGCGAGCGCACGAUCGCGGACCUGGACGCCAAGCGCAACGCGAGCGGCUCGUCGUCGGUGGCGUCCAUCCGGAAGAACCUGCAGAAGAUCAUGCAGAACAACGCGGCGGUGUUCCGGACGCAGGAGACGCUCGCGGAGGGCUGCGAGCUCGUGGACGCGUGCUUCGAGUCGUUCAGCGACAUGGGCAUCAAGGACCGCGGCCUCGUGUGGAACACGGACCUGAUCGAGGCGAUGGAGCUCGAGAACCUGCUGCUCAACGCGCAGCAGACGAUGCACAGCGCGGAGCGCCGCAAGGAGUCGCGCGGUGCGCACGCGCGCGAGGACUUCCCCGACCGCCUGGACGACCAGUGGAUGAAGCACACCGUGUCGUACGCGGACCCCGCGGUCGUCUCGGGCGGGUCGUCGCGCCGCAACGUGAAGAUCGACUACCGGCCCGUGCACGACCAGCCCCUCGACGCCGAGAUGGAGCACGUGCCGCCCAAGGCCCGCGUGUACUGA